CACACACUUCUCCCUCACAACCUGGCAUUGUCUUUCCAACACACACUCCAUCGUCUCGUGUUUGCUCCAUCCUCUCGCACACACACGCUCGCCCCCCUCCCCUCGCACCAAUCACCACCCCCUAACAGACCUAGACGCUGUGCGUCAAACAGGACAAAUCUAUUCGCAGGUCGAACAAGGCGCUAGUCGCUGUCCAUUCCCCCCCAACCUCCCCUCCCCAUCACCACAAGUCCUUGUUACUUUCACGCAUUCUACUACCACACUCACCACCAUGAAGUCUGCCAUCAUUCUUCUCCCCCUCGUGGCUUCGCUGGCGCAGGUCGCCACAGCCUUCCCCUUCAUCAAGCGUGCCGCUGCGGGGCCGGACCUCGCGCGCGCCAACAACGAGCGCUCCGGUAGCUUUGUCCACGUUCGUGGACAGGACAGCAAGCGCCUCGUGCGCCGCAAGCGUCCUCACCACGACUGGGAGACGUCGACCCCUUGCACGACUUCCACCGAUGCUCCCUCGGCGACCUCGUCCGCCUCGUGGUCCUCGGAUGACAACAGCAGCAGUGACUCGUCCUCGUCGUCUUCCGACUCGAACCCCAACACUGGCGGCAACCUCAACGCUUCUCCCCCUGCCUCGGGCACCCGUGUCUCGACCGGCUCGGCUCCUCAGAGUACCUCGGCCUGGCAGCACGUUGAGACCAUCUCCGGCCAGAACUUCUUCGACCAGCAGUACUGGAACUUCUGGAGCUACCCUGACCCCACCCACGGCACUGUCAACUAUGUUGACGGUAACACUGCUCGCAGCCAGGGUCUCAUCUCCGUCAACGGCCAGGGCCAGGCUAUCAUGAAGGUCGACACCACCCCGCAGGUCCAGGGUGGUCGCAACUCGGUCCGCAUCCACAGCAACCGCAUCUGGACUGGCGGCAUGGUCAUUCUCGACGCUGCCCACAUGCCUACCGGCUGUGGCACCUGGCCUGCUUGGUGGCAGAACGGCCCCAACUGGCCCGAGGGUGGAGAGAUUGACAUCCUCGAGGGUGUCAACGACAACACCAACAACCAGGUCUCGCUCCACACUGGCGUUGGCUGCACCAUGCCCAACAACCUCGAGUCGAACCAGCUUGGCACAAUGUCCACGGGUAAUUUUAACCCCUACGACUGCUCGUCUGCCAACACUCAGAACCAGGGAUGCGGUGUCAUUGAUCGCAAGAGCGCCAACUCGUACGGUGCUGGAUUCAACUCGGCUGGUGGCGGUGUUUACGCCCUGGCUUGGGCUAAGUCUGGCAUCAAGGUUUGGUUCUUUACCCGCUCUGCCGUUCCUCAGGACAUCACCUCGGGCAGCCCUAACCCCGACGGCUGGGGAACCCCCGUUGCCAACUUCCCCUCGGACAACUGCAACCCGUACCAGUUCUUCUACGACCAGUUCAACAUCUUUGACACGACCCUCUGCGGUGACUGGGCCGGUGCCGACUCGGUCUGGUCCCAGAGCUGUGCCGCGAGCACUGGCUUCGGCUCGUGCUCCGACUACGUUCUCAACUCUGGAGCUUCGUUUGAGCAGGCGUACUGGGCCGUCAACUCGGUUACUUACUACAACUCGACGACUCUUGUUUAAAGCCCAAGUGGCCUCCUCACACCGCUGGCCGGUGUGAAGCAAAAGUCACGUUAGAGAAACGAGUUUGAUACGACCCCCCCGGACCUGACCCCAUCGAUGUCCCCACAACGUAGACUUUUCCUCGGCACUCGUGUACAACCACUGUUGGUAUGCUCAGAAUCUAUAGAGGGCGCUUCCCGAUUUUGGUAGCCAGAAUGCAACUCUGUGUAAACAG